AUGAGCUACGGUGGUCACUGGUUACUCUCCACGACACGCGACGACGUGGUAAAACAUCAUAAGGUGUGGCGCGACCGAGUGAACGGCAGCAGCCACAGCAACGGCCGCACAACCACGUCGCCGGCAAGUGGGGCACGAAUCGUGGCGGCCGGCACGAAUCCAGUCAUGGAGGCCACCGACGAUGACCAAAAUUCCCCUCCUACCUUAUCCUCUCGACUGCUCACCACCGCAGACAAGUCCAGUCCUCUCCCUCCCCUCAACCUAGCGCUGCCACUCGUUAGGCUGCUGUCGCACGCGGACCCGCUGCUGCAGGAGCACGGUGUCACGGCGCUGCUCAACCUCUCCAUCUGCGACGAGAACAAGGCGACCAUUGUCGAGGCAGGCGCGAUACGGCCGCUGGUGCACGCGCUCAAGUCCGCGGUGUCGCCCGCCGCGCGGGAGAACGCCGCGUGCGUGCUGCUCCGACUGUCCCAGCUCGAUGGCGCCUCCACGGCCGCCAUCGGCCGCGCUGGCGCCAUCCCGCUGUUGGUCUCCCUGGUCGAGACCGGGGGCGCGCGGGGGAAGAAGGACGCCGCCACAGCGCUGUACGCGCUCUGCAGCGGCGCACGCGAGAACCGGCAGCGCGCUGUGGAGACCGGCGCCGUGCGGCCCCUGCUGGACCUCAUGGCCGACCCGGAGUCCGGCAUGGUGGACAAAGCCGCGUACGUCCUCCACUCCCUGGUGAGCUCCAGCGAGGGCCGCGCCGCCGCCAUCGAGGAAGGCGGCAUCCCCGUCCUGGUCGAGAUGGUGGAGGUCGGCACCUCGUGCCAGAAGGAGAUCGCCACCCUCUCCCUCCUGCAGAUCUACGAGGACAACAUCGUCUACCGCACCAUGGUCGCCCACGAGGGCGCCAUCCCACCCCUCAUCGCCCUCUCCCAGUCCUCCUCCGCCCGCCCCAAGCUCAAAACCAAAGCGGAGUCGCUGAUCGAGAUGCUGCGGCAGCCGCGGAGUCCGAGCCUACGCACGCGGCCAGCGGCAGUC